CUCAAACACAUUACCAGCUCGCGCGCGUAUGCUGAAACAUGGAACCCGCACCAGCGUCCUACUACGGUCCCCUGGAUAAACACAACCCUGUCCUCUCAGCUUUUCAAAGCGAAUUAAAAGAGUUUAAAGCGCUUAUAAAGAAACUUUCCGGCCCGCAGAGCGACGACUAUCGAUCCUACUCUAGAGGGUCUCUAAAAUUGUUUGAAACAUGGAACAAGUAUAAAUCUCGACUUCCUCAAUCUUAUUUUGAAGAGCACCUGUUACUAACGGCAGAUUUCCUCCUUGACAAUAAGUUUUACAGGCUUGCUCUCUGGCAGGGCUACAGGCUGUAUCUGCAGCAGUUUUGCACAGAAAGCCUGGAAAACAUACAAGAUUUGGAUCACCUCCAACGGUUCUUCUUCUCAGAUGGCUUUGAUUCAGAGAGAGCCAUAUUUACGUUUCGUGCUCUUCAGGGAGAAUGUCAGUGCGUCUUCUAUUUGGAGAAAGAAAAAGGCGCACCUCUGGGUGAGAGCGGGGUUCAAAAGCUGCUGAGAAUCCUGGGUUUUCUGCGCAUUCUGAUGCAGGCUGUUCUGCCUGAUGAAGCUUUAUGCUGGAUCCUGUACAAUGGCUCAUUACACAUAUACAAUAUAUCCAGAUUUCUGAUGUCAGCAGGCCACACCUCACAGGUUUUACAGUACUUAUUAUGGGCUUGCACAUGCCUAGAGACCUCUGUUCCUCUUCUGACUGCUAAAUUCCUGCCAUGGAGAGCCACACUUUACUGUGCUGUGUGUGAAUGCUAUUUUCAUGACCGUGCUUCAGUUCAGGCAGAGGUGUUCGCACGCCGAGCUCUAAGCAAGAUUAAUGAACUGGCCAAGCUGGAGGAGAUGACUGGCUCCGAAAUGACACUUGAGACCCAGCAAGCUUAUAAGGAGGCCACAAUAAAACUUGCAGUGAUGGUGUUUAAGCGUUCAGUGUACGAGCCCCGAAGGAAACCCAAAGACCACUUUAGUCCCAAAAAGAAAAAGAAUUUAAAACAGCUACAGCUUUCUCCAUGGCCUCGCACACAAACUGAACGCAUCCUAAUGGAGAUAUUCGAGGGUAAUGCUGCUCGGUUUUUGGCUGUUCUAGAGGCUCUACAAGACAAAUCAGUCAGGCCUCUGCAGACUGGCUUGCCUGAGGAAUUUGAGGUCCAGGUUGUGGUACUGGAGCUUGUUUCGGCUGGCAUUAGCUUGUUGACUGGAUUUGGUGAUUCUGAGCACACUAUUGAGGAGAGCAUGCCUGCCUCUGUAAAAGCAGUCACUUCUGUUUCCUCUCUUUUUGAAGAGGCUGUCACUGGAACGAAUAAGAUUUCAGUAGAUGCUGCAGUGAAGUUUGUGAAGCAGCUCUUCAGAUAUGAACAAUGGAGCACAUUCCGCUCCCUUUCCACUGCUCUUUUGUCUGUUUUACCUAACAUGGAGGGCCGCCCGAUUCAGAAGUUUGAAUUGGAACUCAGGCUUUUGGAAGCUGUGGAGCGUUUGAUGGCCUCUCAGAGAGUUAAAUUCAUCAUGAAAGAUACUGAUUUUGAUGACAAGAAUAUUGGGCCCGCCGUCAUGACAGAAGAAUUUUUUAGUCUAAUUCAGAAACUUCAUGAUUGUGUGUGCAGAACAGACAAGGAUAUCCAGCCAGAUACAGACUUGGUGCUGGAUAUUGUGCUGUUCUUUUGGGCGAAAUGCAAAUCUAUUUUCCAGAGAGCACAGUUGAAGCAUUAUGAGCCUGUUCGCUACCGGGGUAGAAUGGCAAACCAAGAUCAGUGGAUAGAGACCUUGUUCUUGUUGUGUGAAGUGGCCCAUGAGCACCCUGUGGCUGAAAUGGACUUCAUAUUAAUGGCUGAAAUGACCUUGAGAAUGGCAGUGGUGCUGGAAAGCAGUGCGGAUGCUCCACCACAAUCCGGGAGGAAAACAGCCACUACUGAAGAUAGCAGUGAAGAGUCUAUCCCUGUUAGAAAAUCUCCAAGCUCCAUGUUUAUGAAGUCCAGAACUGAGCAGCUGCAGACUGCGUUGGAUUUGGUGGAACGCUGUGUGGAUUGUGUGUCUAGAGGCAGGGCCAGAUCACUUUCUGGGCCUUCUGCUGUCUUUGAUGAGGUGUUCAUGCAGGCAGGUUCAAGAUUGCAGUCCAAAAUCAUCAAAACAUGUUAAAAGUUCACUUCAGCAUUUCA